AUGUGCACCCCCGGUGGUGGCUCUUCUGCCAUCUUCGGCCCUGAUGGUCGCCGUAUAACGGAGCCUGUAAAUGAGACGACGGAGACCAUCAUCUAUGCCGACUUGGAUAUGGACGCGAUCCAUAGGGCGAAAAUGUUUGCGGACUGCACAGGCCACUACAGUAGACCUGAUCUUUUAAGGCUCAGCGUUGACAGAGAGAUCAAAGCCUUGAAUAAGACUCUGAACUUCGCUUUUGCUCAGAGGCCAUUGUUGCUUGUUAGCCAGUUGAAAUUCUCGCAGUCCGCCAAGCUCUGA